AUGCGUCGCGGCAUACUGACCGUCGGUCUCGUUACCGGGACUGCGCUUGCAGCACUUGAUACUAACAGCUUGGCCAAUCGCUACUUUGGCAAUGAUGCUGCGUGGUAUCGAGACAAGAUUCCAUACUUCGAGGCUUCCGACUCUGAAAUCCAGGAUGUGUAUUACUACCGAUGGAAGAUUUUCCGGGCUCAUCAGAGGGAUCUCGGACAGCGAGGAUACGUUUCGACAGAGUUCCUCGACGACGUAGGAUGGCAACUUGAGCCUUGGGCAACAUUGAACGAUGCUACCGGUUUCCACUUGGGUGAAGGGAGAUGGCUGCGCGAUCGCCGUUAUGCUGAUGAUUACAUUCGACACAUGUACAAUGGCGGCAACGAUCGCCACUUUACAGAUUGGAUGGCAGACAGUGUUUGGGAAAGGUAUCUCGUCGAUGGCGACAGGGGUGCGAUCACCACUCAUCUCAAUGCCAUGACCAAUCUCUUCCAGCAAUGGAACGAUGCCUUGGACACUUCUAAAGGCCUGUACUGGCGCGAACCGCUUGCAGAUGCGACUGAAUACACGAUUUCGAGCAUCGAUGCAUCUGGAGGACAAGACGGCUUCGGAGGCGGCGAAGCAUUCCGACCUACGAUCAACUCCUACAUGUAUGCGAAUGCUCUCGCUAUCGCCAAUGUCGCAGAUCUCGCCGGUCAAGGCAAUGUGGCAUCUGAUUACCGUUCCCGGGCAGCCAACAUCAAGUCUCGCUUCCAGGCUGAUAUGUGGAACACCACCUUUGAACACUUCAUCGACCGUCACCAGAGGUCAAAUCAGUUUGUUCAAUACUACCAGCCGAUUCGUGGCCGAGAGCUCAAUGGAUACAUUCCUUGGAUGUUCUCUAUGCCAGAUAACACGGACCAGUACAACCAAGCUUGGAAGCAUCUCAAAGACACCAACAAACUCAGAGGCUCCACCGGCAUGCGCACAGUAGAGCCAUCGUACCAGUACUACAUGCGCCAAUACCGCUACGAGGGCAGCAACCGAGAAUGCCAAUGGAACGGACCAGUCUGGCCCUACCAAACCACCCAAGUCCUCUACGCAAUGGCAAACCUACUCAACAAGUACACUCAAAGCAUCAUCACCAAAUCAGACUACCUUGACGAACUCCGCAAAUACACAAAACUCCACUACUGGAACAACAAACUCAACCUCGAAGAAGACUACGAACCCGACAAAGCCGGCCCCAUCGUAGGCCUCGCUCGCUCUCCACACUACUUCCACUCCGGUUACAACGACCUCAUCAUCUCCGGCCUCGUCGGUCUCCGGCCACGAGCAGACAACACUCUCGAAGUCAAUCCCAUGGUCCCUGAAGGCUCACUACAAUCCUUCCGUCUUCAAGAUGUGCCGUACCAUGGUCACAGCGUCGCAAUCCAAUGGGAUGCCAACGGAAGCAAAUAUGGUCAAGGCACAGGUCUUCGCGUGGAAGUCGAUGGGCAAGUCGUUGCUACAUCUCCACGAUUGAGCAGAGUUACAGCACAAAUCAGCAGUGCUUCUGCACCUGCUAUUAACAGAAGUCAAAUCGCCAAAUCGAUUCAACUCGUCCGAGGCCAGAAUCCUUCUGGAUCAGCUUCAAGCGGUAACAACGCGGAACGUAUCCACGAUGCUAUUGAUGGUAGAGUCUGGUUCAUGCCUGAGCUGCCGAAUGGUUGGGAUUCGGAUGCGACGAGCGGUCCUUCGACACAAUGGUAUACGAUCAACUUCGGAUCUGCGACACAGCUUACUGGUUGCGAGUUGGCGUUUUAUGACGACGGUAGCACGUUUGCAGUCCCCACCGACUAUGAUAUCUUGCGAUUCGAGAACAACAACUGGGUCAAGAUUCAGGGCAAUGGUGCUGUCGGAGACAAAGCGUUGGCGAACGGUAUUACAAAGGUAUCGUGGCCUUCGUUGAGCACUUCUCAGUUGAGAGUUUCUUUCCCGCAGGCUGCUGGGAAGAGGACGAGACUUGUUGAGUUUAAGGCUUUUUAG